CGACGCAUGCACACACCUAACUUAAACCUAACCUAAACCCUCUUUCUCUCUGCUAAAGUGCGCCUCCUCCCUCCGUCACUCGGAACCUAAUGGGAAUCGGACGUUGCAUUACUCAGCUCGACAAACUCCCUCUCCCCUUCCUCACCCGUUCCCCUUCCUUCUCCUCCUCCUCUUCUCGCUUUAAACCUUUCGCACCAAAAGCAACAUUCCGGACCAGCUUCUUCCCCCUUCCCACAACCUAUGGCAAAAGAAAAUCAAUUUUCUGUUCCAACGAACACCGCCACGUGUCUUCCACCGCCGCUGCAGCGGCUGUUGCUGCUCCUGUUCUCGCUGCUGACACUGCGACCAAGGUCGGGAAACGGACGGACAUAAAAAAGAUUCUGAUCCUUGGAGCUGGACCAAUCGUCAUUGGUCAAGCAUGCGAGUUCGAUUACAGUGGAACGCAAGCAUGCAAGGCUCUCAAAGAAGAAGGGUAUGAAGUUAUUCUAAUAAACUCAAAUCCUGCUACUAUAAUGACUGAUCCUGAUAUGGCUGAUAGGACCUAUAUUACCCCUAUGACCCCUGAAUUAGUUGAGCAGGUUCUCGAAGCGGAGCGCCCCGACGCUCUGCUUCCCACCAUGGGUGGCCAAACCGCCCUCAACCUGGCUGUGGCUCUCUCUGAGAGCGGUGCCUUGGAGAAAUACGGUGUGGAAUUGAUUGGGGCGAAGCUGGAGGCUAUUAAGAAGGCCGAGGAUAGGGAUUUGUUUAAGCAGGCUAUGAAGAAGAUAGGGAUUAAGACCCCGCCGUCCGGGAUAGGAACCACCAUUAGGGAGUGCAUGGAAAUUGCCGAUGAGAUUGGCGAGUUUCCGCUGAUUGUUAGGCCUGCUUUUACGUUAGGUGGAACGGGUGGUGGGAUUGCUUACAAUAGGGAAGAGUUUGAGGAGAUUUGCAAGGCUGGGGUUGCUGCUAGUUUGACCAGUCAGGUUUUGAUUGAGAAGUCCUUGUUGGGGUGGAAGGAGUAUGAGCUUGAGGUUAUGAGGGAUUUGGCUGACAAUGUGGUUAUUAUAUGUUCCAUUGAGAAUAUUGACCCCAUGGGAGUUCAUACCGGUGACUCAAUUACUGUUGCACCUGCACAGACUCUUACCGAUAAGGAGUAUCAGCGCCUUCGAGAUUACUCCAUUGCUAUAAUUAGAGAAAUUGGGGUGGAAUGUGGGGGAUCCAAUGUGCAGUUUGCUGUCAACCCUGUGGAUGGUGAGGUGAUGGUGAUCGAGAUGAAUCCGAGAGUCUCAAGGUCCUCGGCCCUGGCGUCGAAGGCUACCGGAUUUCCAAUAGCAAAAAUGGCAGCAAAGUUGUCUAUAGGCUAUUCACUGGAUCAAAUUCCAAAUGAUAUAACAAAAAAGACACCGGCUAGUUUUGAGCCCUCGAUAGAUUAUGUGGUUACAAAGAUUCCUCGGUUUGCUUUUGAGAAGUUCCCUGGUUCAAAGCCAAUAUUGACAACACAGAUGAAGUCUGUUGGUGAGGCAAUGGCUACCGGGAGAACCUUCCAAGAGUCCUUUCAAAAAGCUGUCCGCUCACUGGAACACGGAUACCCUGGAUGGGGUUGUUCGAAAGUGAAAGAGUUAGACUACGACUGGGAACAAUUGAAGUAUAGUCUUCGAGUUCCUAACCCUGAGCGCAUCCAUGCCAUAUAUGCUGCAAUGAAAAAAGGCAUGAGCAUUGAUGAAAUUUUCGAGUUGAGUUAUAUUGACAAAUGGUUUCUUACUCAGCUCAAGGAGCUAGUUGAUGUGGAAAAUUUCUUGAUGUCCCGCUAUUUGUUUCAUUUGACGAAUGUCGAUUUAUAUGAGGUUAAGAAAAGAGGGUUUAGUGAUAAACAGAUAGCAUUUGCAACUAAAUCUGCCGAAAAGGAAGUUCGGUGCAGGCGACUGUCCCUGGGUGUUACUCCAGCAUAUAAGCGAGUUGAUACCUGUGCUGCAGAAUUUGAAGCUAAUACUCCUUAUAUGUAUUCCUCUUAUGAUUUUGAGUGUGAGUCAGCUCCCACUAAAAGAAAGAAAGUUUUAAUUUUGGGUGGCGGACCAAAUAGAAUUGGCCAAGGGAUUGAGUUUGACUAUUGUUGCUGUCAUGCAUCCUUUGCUCUUCAGGAUGCAGGAUAUGAGACAAUCAUGGUGAAUUCAAAUCCUGAGACAGUCUCUACAGAUUAUGACACUAGUGAUCGUCUAUAUUUUGAACCCUUGACUGUUGAAGAUGUUUUGAACAUUAUUGAUUUGGAAAGACCUGAUGGUAUCAUUGUGCAAUUUGGAGGUCAAACACCAUUGAAAUUGUCUCUCCCCAUACAACAGUACCUGGAUGAACACAAGCCAGCAUGUGCUAGUGGACUUGGUCAUGUACGUAUAUGGGGAACAUCCCCUGAUUCCAUAGAUGCUGCUGAGGACAGAGAAAGGUUUAAUGUGAUGCUCAAUGAAUUAAAGAUUGAACAGCCAAAAGGAGGAAUUGCCAGGAGUGAAAAAGAUGCACUCGCCAUUGCGGCAGAGAUUGGAUACCCAGUUGUUGUUCGCCCUUCCUAUGUUCUGGGAGGUCGAGCAAUGGAGAUUGUUUAUAGUGAUGAUAAACUUGUGACUUAUCUUGAAACUGCUGUUGAGGUGGAUCCAGAGCGCCCUGUAUUAAUUGACAAGUAUUUAUCUGAUGCCAUUGAGAUUGACGUUGAUGCACUGGCUGACUCACAUGGCAAUGUGGUCAUUGGUGGGAUAAUGGAGCACAUUGAACAGGCUGGGGUACAUUCUGGUGACUCUGCCUGCUCUAUUCCCACAAGAACUGUUCCGUCUUCUUGCUUGGAGACAAUCAGGUCAUGGACUGAAAAAUUGGCGAAACGAUUGGAGGUCUGUGGGCUCAUGAAUUGUCAGUAUGCAAUUAAUAAUUCAGAGGAGGUAUUUUUGCUUGAGGCCAACCCUCGAGCUUCUCGCACUGUUCCAUUUGUAUCAAAAGCAAUAGGCCAUCCGUUGGCUAAAUAUGCUUCCCUUGUCAUGUCUGGAAAGUCUCUCUAUGAUAUACAGUUUACAAAAGAGGUCAUUCCUAAGUAUGUGUCUGUUAAGGAAGCUGUUCUUCCCUUUUCGAAAUUUGCAGGCUGUGAUGUGCUUCUAAGUCCUGAGAUGCGAAGUACUGGUGAGGUCAUGGGUAUUGACUCUCUGUAUAAUACUGCAUUUGCUAAAGCUCAAAUUGCUGCCGGCCAGAAGUUACCAACUUCUGGAAUUGUGUUUCUUAGCUUAAAUGAUUUGACGAAGCGUCACCUUGAGAAGAUUGCAAAGACCUUCGUCGAGGCUGGUUUUAAGAUUGUUGCUACUUCUGGAACGGCUCAUGCUCUUAAAUCAGCUAAUAUCCAAGCUGAGAGAGUGCUGAAGAUGCAUGAAGGUAGGCCUCAUGCUGGUGACAUGAUUGCCAAUGGAGACAUUCAGCUAAUGGUGAUAACUAGUUCUGGUGAUGCACUUGAUCGGAUAGAUGGUUUAGCUCUGAGAAGAAUGGCUUUGGAUUACAAGGUUCCUAUUGUCACAACGGUUAACGGAGCUAUAGCAACUGCUGAAGCAAUAAAGAGUUUGAAGUCCAAUUCUAUCAAAAUGAUUGCUCUUCAGGACUUCAUUGAGUGUAAACUGUAAAGAGUCAGAAUAGUUUUGCAGCAGCCUCUUUCUCUCCUAAGUGGCUAUGUGAUAGAUCUACAGGGUCAGGAUGCUCAUAACACUGGGAUUCAUGUUGGCACCUUGAAAUAAGAGCAGGGAGUGGAUGAAGAAAACUGUCUCAGCAUCAAUGGCAGUGAAACUAAUGCGACCGUUUCUAGAGCACUCACAUAGAACUAUGCAUAAGCUUAAGUCUUUCUACUUUUGACAACUUUCACCCACUACAAAUUUAGCAUAUUAAAUUGACUGUCAAGUCUUGAGAAAGUUUCUGAUCUAGAUGCCUUGUUGAUCACGGUUUAAGAUGAUCAAAGUCCAACCAAAAGUGGCUAUGUGGAGUUUGUAUUUCUUAAGAAGCAGAUGCAUGAGGAUGAAAGACAGUAACUAAUAAUAAAUGCACUCAAUUUUCAAACUUGAGCCACAUGGCACAAGUACAAGAUGUUACCACAACUACUAGUAGUAUGAGAUUCAAUGAUUCAUACUACUAGUUUCCCUGUUCAGUUUCAAUUUUGAACUAGUACAACAAUAUAGGUAAUAUUUAUUUCAAUUUA